UUUCGGACAGCACACACAGUGAGUCAAGUAGCCGAAGCAGACACAACAAUGUCAAAAGAAGGAGAGACCGUCUGCGUUACCGGCGGCAGCGGCUGCAUAGGCUCAUGGCUCGUCCUUUUCCUUCUCCAACGCGGCUACACCGUUCACGCCACCGUCAAAAAUCUCAACGACGAAAAAGAAACAGAGCAUCUAAAAUCUUUGGAAGGAGCAACAGAAUCAAAUCUUCAUCUUUACCAAAUUGACCUUCUUGACUACGGCUCCAUACUCUCCGCAAUCACCGGCUGUACUGGCGUUUUCCAUUUAGCUUCUCCUUGUAUCGUCGAUCAAGUUCAAGAUCCUCAAGGGCAGUUACUUGACCCGGCGAUCAAAGGGACGGUGAAUGUGUUGACGGCGGCGAAAGAAAAGGGAGUGAGGCGCGUGGUUGUCACUUCUUCUAUCUCUGCUAUUACUCCUAGUCCUAACUGGCCUGCUGACAUUGUUAAGAAUGAGGAUUGCUGGACUGAUGUUGAAUACUGUAAGCAAAAUGAAUUAUGGUAUCCAUUAUCCAAGACACUAGCUGAAAAAGCUGCAUGGGAAUUUGCAAAGGAGAAGGGGUUGGAUGUAGUGGUGGUGAACCCAGGUACUGUUAUGGGUCCUGUUAUAUCACCAACUCUCAAUGCCAGCAUGUUGAUGCUUGUUCGUCUUCUUCAAGGUUGCACAGAGACGUACCAUGACUUCUUUAUGGGAUCUGUCCAUUUUAAAGAUGUAGCCAUGGCACAUGUCUUAGUGUACGAAAACCCAUCGGCAUCCGGUAGGCACUUGUGUGUUGAGGCAAUAUCCCAUUAUGGUGACUUUGUGGCCAAGGUUGCAGAACUAUAUCCCGAAUAUCAAGUGCCUAGGUUGCCAAAGGAUACCCAACCAGGCUUAUUAAGAGCAAAAGAUGGAGCUAAGAAGUUGAUCGACAUGGGUUUAGAAUUUAUUCUGAUGGACCAAAUUAUCAAGGAUGCUGUCGAGUGCUUGAAGAGCAAGGGGUUCGUUCCGUAGCUGAAACUGUAAUGUAUUUAGCUAGUAAUUAGUAGUGAAGAAUCUGUGACUAAAUAGUCUGUAGUGUGUGUUGCCGUUUAUGUAUGCAUAUGUGAGUUUUGAGUAAGCUAGAAUUAUUAGUUUCGAGGAAAGUGCAAGUGCUAAUUUUCUUA